AGUCAGAGCGGUGCCGGGAGGGAAAGCGCUCCCAGUUCCCUCCCAGUGCUCCCAGUCAGAGCGGUGCCGGGAGGGAAAGCGCUCCCAGUUCCCUCCCAGUGCUCCCAGUCAGAGCGGUGCCGGGAGGGAAAGCGCUCCCAGUUCCCUCCCAGUGCUCCCAGUCAGAGCGGUGCCGGGAGGGAAAGCGCUCCCAGCUCCUUCCCGGUGCUCUCAGGAUCGCUCCCAGCGCCGCACGGGCCGGGGCCGCUUUGGGAACCCCCUCAGGACAGAGCGCGGCCGCUUUUGGGUGUCGGCACCGCCCGGGCCGGGCUGGGAGCGGAGGAGGAGCGGGAGGAAGAGGCGGGACAGAGAAAGAGGAAGAGGAAGUAGAGAAGCUGCAACAGAAGAACGAGAAGGACGAGGAAGAGCAGCAGCAGCGCCUACACCACGCGGUUUCCCCGCACGCCCGUUCAGGCCGCUGCUCCCCCGGCUUCAGCAGCAUCGUCCCCCCACCUCCAGAACGCGCAGGAUUUCCCGUUCCUAAACCUCGGCCCAAUGGAGGAAGAAGAGGCUGGGAGAAAGAGGAAGAUGCCCCAGGACACCCAAGCAGGCACUGAGCUGGCAGUGGAGACCAGGGAGGAUGAAUCACCACAGCAGAACCUUGUGGAAGAGGCCGUUUUGAGUGACUCCACUGCACAGGAAUCCAACGGGGAUGAAAAUCCCCAGAGAUCCCUGAUGAGGAGAGGCUGCAAACCCAGCCCAGGGAGGUCGGAGGAGGAAAGACCCACCCUGGGCCGGGAUGGCAGCCAGAGAUGUAGCCAGAGCUCCGAGCUGGGGGUCCCUGAGCAACUUCAUGAUGGGGAGAAGCCCUACAGGUGUGGGGAAUGUGGGAAGAGCUUUCAGAGAAGCUCCACUCUUCUGAAGCAUCAGCAGACACACACGAAUGAGAGGCCCCAUGAGUGUCCCGAAUGUGGGAAGAGGUUUCAGACAAGCCGCCAUCUUCUCAGGCACGAGCGGAUUCACACCGAGGAGAAGCCCUUCCGCUGCUCUGACUGCGGGAAGGGCUUCAGACAUAACUCCGACCUCACCGUGCACCGGCGCAUCCACACUGGGGAGAGGCCCUACGAGUGUUCUGACUGUGGGAAGAGAUUCACCCAGAAGUCGAACCUGAUUGUCCACAAGAGGAUCCACACCGGUGAGAAGCCCUACGAUUGUGGGCAUUGUGGGAAGAGAUUCAGCCAGAUCUCUGAACUAAUGCCCCACCAGAGGAUCCACUCCGGGGAGCGGCCCUACGAGUGUGGCAAAUGUGGGAAAAGCUUCACUCAGAACUACCACCUGAUGAUCCACCAGAGGAGCCACACUGGGGAGCGGCCCUACGAGUGUGGGGAGUGCCAGAAGAGGUUUCAAAGCAGCUCAGAUCUCCUUGUACACCAGCGGAUUCACACAGAUGAGAGGCCCUACCGCUGCCCCGACUGCGGGAAGGGCUUCAAGCUCAACUCCACCCUUGUCACACACCGGCGCAUCCACACUGGGGAGAGGCCCUACGAGUGUCCCAACUGUGGCAAAAGCUUCAGACAGCGCUCAGCCUUGAACCAACACCAAUGGAGGCACCUAUGGCAGCCCUGCAAGUGCCCCAAGUGUGGAAAGAGCUUCGUGCGCUACUACAGCUCCAUCCCCCAUGGGGGGAUCUGCACUGGAUGGUUCCCAGUGAUCCGUGAUGCAGGUGAUCUGUGUUGGGAAGACACCUGGCUGGGGGGCUCCACCUCUUUAUGGCUCCACGUGGUCUGGGUUAUCUUUUCAUUUCUCUUUGUCCUUUCAAAACACCCAAAAGCAGGGCACCGAACCCCCGCACACCCGCCGGGAUCCACAGGGUUUCCCAUUCCCAAACCUUGGCUCGAUGGAGGAAGAGGAGGCUGCGAGGAAGAGAAAGAUGCCCUGAGAGCACCAGGAAGGCAAGGAGGCAAUUCCCACCCUCUCCUUGUCCUUCCUCCCCCAGACAAGGAGCUGAGGAUGGAAACCAACGAGGACAAAUCCCCAGAUUUGAGGCAGAACCUCGUGGAAGAGGCCGUUUUGAGCAGCUCCACAGCACAGGAAUCCAAUGGGGAGGAAAAGCCCUGGAAAUGCUGCAAUCGGAGGGGCUGCAAAUGCAGAUCACAGAGAUCUGAGGAGGAACUACCCAGCCUGGGCUGGGGAGGCAGCCAGAGCUCAGAGCUCGGGGUCCAUGAGCAGCUUCAUGAUGGGGAGAAGCCCCACACGUGCUCGGAAUGUGGGAAGAGCUUCAGCAAGAGAUCUUCCCUGAUCUGCCACUGGAGAAUCCACAUGGGGGAACGGCCCUAUGAGUGUGGGCAAUGUGGGAAGAGCUUCACGCAGAGCUCCUACCUUAUUGUCCACCAGAGGACCCACACGGGGGAACGGCCCUAUGAGUGUGGGGAGUGUGGGAGAAGCUUCAGGACGAGAUCUAAACUUACCCGCCACCAGAUGAUCCACACUGGGGAGAGGCCCUACGAGUGUGAUAAAUGCAGGAAGAGGUUUCAGACCAGCUCCAAUCUCCUCACACAUCAGCGGAUUCACACAGAUGAGAGGCCCUUCCGCUGCCCCGACUGUGGGAAGGGCUUCAGGUACAACUUCCGCCUUGUCACCCACCAGCUCAUCCACACUGGUGAGAGGCCGUUUGAGUGUCCUGAGUGUGGGAAAAGCUUCAGGACAAGCUCUGAGCUGAUUGUUCACCAGAGGAUCCACACGGGGGAACAGCCCUAUGAGUGUGAUGAAUGCAGGAAGAGGUUUCAGAGCAACUCCCAUCUCCUCUUGCACAAGCGGAUUCACACAGAUGAGAGGCCCUUCCUCUGCCCUGAUUGCGGGAAGGGCUUCAGGUACAACUCCAACCUCAUCACCCACCGGCGCAUCCACACUGGGGAGAGGCCCUACGAGUGUCCCAGCUGUGGGAAGAGCUUCUCACAGAGCUCUCACUUGACCAAACACCUACGGAGCCACCACUAAGGGAAACUCUGCAAGUGCCCCAAGUGUGGGAAAAGCUUCAUGCGCUGCUCCAGCUCCAUCCCCCACGGGAGGAUACGCGCUGGAUGAUUCCCAGUGAUCCCCAGUGGGCAGAGCCCCAGUGAUCCCGUGUUGGGAAGACACCUGCCUGUGAGCUCCACAUCAUCCUGGCUCCCUGUGGCCUGAAUUUCUCAUUGUCCCUUCAAAUCACUCAAAACUGGGGUAAAAAAAAAGAUGUUGAACUGAAACACGGAUAAGGACAAGGUGUGGGCAUGGCCAUGGAUGGUAUCACGGAGGAUCUUCCAGGGGAUGUGGGGGAUGCUGGGUUCAAGGGAGUUCAGGGUUUCUGGGGCAGACUUGGGGCUCAGGGCUUUGGGCUUUUGAGCCAAGUGGCUCAGGUUGUACUGGGAGACCCUGGUAGAGGUUCUGGUGCACCUGAUCAAGUCCUGCCCUGGACCUAUCCCCAUGUCCCCCCAUCCCAACUCAUAGUGUCCCCUGUAGCAGCUGCCCCACUGCCCGCUGUCGCCUCAUUUCUCUUUACAGAGAAAACCAAGGCACAACUUUUUCCCAAGGAUUUACUGGGAAAGGCAGUGAGAAGCCUCAGAGAGAACAAGAGAAAACAAUUCUUAUCUGCUCCUGUGUUUGUCCCACAUGGAAUGUGGUCUUGUAAGAGGUCGUCUGAAGACCCUCACUCAUUUGUCUGCUGAUUGCCACGAGAAGGAAAAUCCGCCCCACUGCAGUUCCAGCUUGGAGAAGGCAACAGUCCAGGUGCAGCCACUGCACCAUCACGCCAGCUGUUCCAAACGAGGCCUGGCAAGAACCUGGCAAGGACUUGGUAAGGACUUGGCGAAGACCCAGCGUGGACCCAGCACGGGGCGGCCUGCUGCAAUGACUAUUUCACUCUCCACCUUUAAGCCGAAUGAACUGUUGGGGUGACCCUGGUGGUCUCUCACUGAAGACUCCUCAUCUGCCUCGUUACCACCGUGACAGACAGAGAUCAAGAACCCUCUCCCCAAGGACUGAGACCCCUACCACAGGGAGUGGGGGGGAACAGUGGUGUAACCACGAUUGACAUGACCUAUUCUUCUUCAGUAACUGCAAUAGACUUAUUUUUCAUUGUGUUCGUCCUGCUUUGGUGAGUCACCUGUUCCCCCCGCAGCAAUUUCAAUAGACUCUUAUUGUUCUAUAUGUUCCCCCCUUUUUCCUCUGUGGACUAUAACUGGGCCCCUGGGUUGGGUAGGACUUUGGAGACUCUCCCCAACACAACAAGAUGGAUCCCCAUCGUCCGGACUAGUCAGGAUCUCGCCUAUGUUGGUAGCUAUUCCCAUCCCCCUUUUCUCUCUCUCUCUAUCCUUUUUAUUUAUUUUCUGACACCACUAUCGCAUUUAUUGUUUUGGCCCCUAAUAAAGGUGCUUUUGUUGUGAUUAAA